CCGGUUCGCCUUGGCCUGGGUUUCCAUGCAAUAGGAACUGAGCACAGGUCAAACUCAAUGCCAUGCCAUCCGACAAAUCAGACAAACAAGGGACGACAUGGAACGGCUGUAUCUGUACCUAGGUGCAUCCAAAUUGACUUCCUCCUCAGCACCCUACUGCUACACUGCAACCCCCUCAGCUGGGUUUGAUCUGCUCGGUCAUUGAACGGCGGCGCAUCACAGCUUCUCGGUCGCUUGUCCCCAUCGCCUGGUUAGGAUGUGCAGAGUUCACCUCGGUUUGCUUCCCCGGCCAGUAGGAAGCGGUUACGUACGACUCGCCAGAGAGACGCUCCACACACGAGACCGGCCAAGGACUCAAGCAACUAGCUCAGUCUCACACACACACCAUGACACGGCAAUUGCCAGAUGCGGAGACAAAAUGCAGCACAAAGACAAUGGGAAUGAUAAGAGCUCGCCGGCGCUCUCCAGGACACGAGUAGGAUGGAUAACACCAAAACCUCCCCCUGCCUCCAGUUUGGCUGCAACUGCUGCAGCAGCAUUAGCAAGGUCGACGAAGUUUCAUGCCGUCCCCCCAUGGAUGCCGGCCAUCUCUAUCACCACGCUACUAGGCAUCCUAUCCUCCGACAUGGCCGGCUUUUGCAGUUCACGGAUACAUUUGGGCGUUACCCUGGCGGGGGAGGAAAAGAAAGAGCUGGUUCUACAGAGACCGACAAUGAAGCCCUGUCGGCUGGAAUUGGUGUUUGUUCUUUCUCCCUACUCCGCACUGCAAGCAGCACAGCAAAGCUUCCGAGCAUCCGAGCCAACAGCCCCUCAGUCCCCUUCCGGAAUCUGAGUUCGAGGUCGAGUUUCCCAGCCGCCUUUUGUGGCUUUCGCUGGCUCUAUUGACACUGCUGGUGGGUGCGUGGUGUUCCAGGUUAACGGGCGACGCAACGCUGUGGCGUGGGGAACAGGGAGAGGUCGUUUGCUCCUUCCCGACAGGGCAUGGUGGGCUGGUCCCAGUGAACGGGGCGCUGCAUGGAAAGAAAUAG